UCGGUCAUCUCGUCAUUCCCCACCAGUUAAAUGGCCGAGGCGCCGUGAAAAUAAAUGAAUAUCGCGGCUAAGAUCACCGCUUUAAUAGCUCAGUUCACUGCCUAAGCUUGGUUCCUUGAAUCCCAUGGCCAAUAAUCCCUCUCAGCUCCUUCCAUCAGAGCUAAUAGACAGGUGCAUAGGGUCGAAAAUCUGGGUGAUAAUGAAAGGAGACAAGGAGCUCGUUGGUACUCUUAGAGGCUUCGAUGUCUAUGUCAACAUGGUCCUCGAAGACGUUACUGAAUAUGAAAUCACAGCUGAAGGACGGCGGAUUACCAAGCUUGAUCAGAUAUUACUAAAUGGAAAUAACAUUGCCAUUUUGGUUCCUGGUGGUUCUCCUGAUCCAGAAUGAUAGUGUAGCGGUUCUCUGCUGGUUUUAGUUUUUUCAUAUAAGUGAUGAUGGAUACAUUCCCAUUUUCAUUGAAAAUUUUAGCAAUUAAGAGAUUCUUUCUUCUCUUGACAUGGAUGUAGUUCCAAGUAUUAUGGUGUAAUAGAUGAUGUCUGUUUCAAUGAUUAGUAUUACUCUGGAGUUGAUAGUAUAA